GAAGUGAUGGUAGCCCUGCGCGGAUACUCGUCGCCAUUCCUAAAAGCGAAGUUUGCCGGGCAAAUAAUUGCGUUGUGUAAUUUUUGUGUGAAGUUUGUUUCAAUUACAUUAGGGAGGUGGUGAUUGUACUAUUGUGUGUUGUUGAUUUUGUGAGGCAAUGACAACAGAAAUAAUGAAGUCAUUUGGCGCACUUCAAGAUGAACUCGAAAAAGCUAAGGAUAAUCUUAAAGCCAUGGACGAACACAUAAAAAAACUCACGGGCCGUGAUCCAAGUGACGUGCAGUUGCGGCCAGGGAUGAAGAGACCCCCAAAUGCCCCGGAGGAAUUUCGUGGACGGGGGCGAGGUUUUCCCCUCAUGAGAGGGCGACCGGGGGCGCGACCAGAAGAGGAGGAACCUCCUGCUGCGAAGAAGAGGCCUGGAGAUACACGUACAGUUUUUAGCAGGUUAUCAGGCCCACCAGUUCCGAAGAGAGGAGGUGACAGUGAUGUGGAAGAUGAGCUUCCGAAUAAGCCUGCAGUAUCUUCACGUGUUAUCGCGACCCCCAAAGAACCCCCGUCCCGACAAGAAGCCAUGGCUGCUCAGAGUUCUGAUCAAAGAAGUUAUGAAAGAAAUCGACGCAUGUUUGGAGCAUUGUUAGGCACAUUACAAAAGUUUCGCCAAGAAGAAACAAGAAUGCGAGAAAAGGAAGAGAAAAGAGCAAAGGUGGAACGCAAACUUGAAGAGAAUGCCAAACGAGAGAAAGAAGAACUAAAACGGGAAAGACAAGAACUUUUCUUGGAGCGUAAACGUAAACAAGCAGAAAUUAGGAAAAUUGAAUUGAAGAUGCUUCGUAUUAAAGAGCAAGAUGAAUGGGAAGCAAAACAUCGGCAUCUGUUAAAUUUCAUUCAGACUCGUACGAAGCCUCACAUCUUCUAUUUACCUAAAACACACAAUGUUAAGACUGAGGAACGGUUAGUAGCCAGUCAGAAAGUAGUUGCAAAAAUGAUUGAGAAGAAACGUGCUGAAGUGCGCCAAGAGUUGGAGGCUAUUGAGCGCCGAGGCAGAUGGCGUCAAGGUCUCGGUGAUAUAGAACCAGGGCAACAUUCAGAUGAGGAACCGCCCAUGGACUUAGGGGACAAAGAGAACAGACUCGGAGGUCCCCAAGACCCCUCAGCAAUGGAGGUGUCAGAGGAGACAGAUCUCCACCAAGACGAUGGGGUGUCGUUGGAAGGUGGUGUGUCGGCGGCGGCGGCGGCGACGUUGGCGACCGGCACCGCCUCGUCGUCGUCUCCGUCGGGCACAGCGGCGGCGACGGCGACGACCGCAGGAUCAGGACACGCCCGCGGGGGCAGCGGCGGCGAGAGCGAGCGCGGGGGCGACGCCCGGCCUCUCGGAAGGCGGCGGCGGCGGCGCGCCGCGGCCGGGCCCCGCGCCCGUGCCGGCGCGCCCGUGCCCGCCCCCGCGCUCGCCUCCGCCCCCGCGCCCGCGGCCGCCGCCGACGCCGCCGCCGCUCCUCCGACAGGACGACGACGACGAUUCGGAGACGAGGAGGAGGAGGAGGAGCGGCGCGUAGGCGGCUCGCCACUGCCGCCCCCGGCCCGCCCCGCCCCGAGCCGCUGCCCCAGCGGGCGCCGCGACGUCGCGCCGCCGCCGCGGCAGCGCCCCUUCGAGACGAGGACGAGUCGGACGCCAGCUCGGCGUCGCCGCCGCCGCCAUUGCACCGGCGUCGGCCUCGCCCGCCCACGACGGCGACGUCGCCGUGGCUGCCAGCGAAGACGGCGCGACGCCCGCGGGCGCCGACCUGGACGGCGACGCGGCGGCGGCGGCGGCGACGACGACUUGUUUCUUCUUCUCCUCCUGUUUUAUUUUGGACCCCUCCCUCCUCCCACUCCCCCUUUUCUUUAA